UCGAGAAAAAAGGAAAUUGCCAAAAUGAAAAAAUGAGUGGCAGACGGCGUUAGGACAAAGAGAACGUCUUUCUAGGUUUUUGGUUUACGCUCCGCCGUAAAGAUUUGCUCUCCGCCGCCGCGUUCUCCCUUUGGCUAAUUAAAAAAAAGGGUUUUGAUUUUGAUAUUGGGUUGGGGAUGAGUAGUCCAUUCAGUGAAGAGAUACUGAUUGACAAGCUCGCUAAGCUCAACAGCACUCAGCAAUCUAUCGAAACUCUGUCACAGUGGUGCAUUGUCCAUCGUAGUGAAGCUGAGUUGGUGGUUACUACAUGGGAGAAACAGUUUCACAGUACAGAGAUAUCUCAGAAAGUGCCUCUCCUGUACCUUGCUAACGAUAUACUUCAGAACAGCAAGCGUCAGGGUAAUGAGUUUGUGCAAGAGUUCUGGAAAGUUCUCCCUGGUGCUCUUAAAGAUCUUCUUUCCUUGGGAGAUGACCAUGGUAAAAGCGUGGUCUCGCGAUUGGUUACUAUAUGGGAAGAGAGAAGAGUUUUUGGGUCUCGUUCAAAGAGUCUUAAAGAUGUAAUGCUCUCAGAAGAAGCUCCUCCACCGCUUGAUGUCAAUAAAAAACGAUCACGGGGAUCCAAAUCUUCGAAACGGGAUUCAAAAUCUGCCAAAACAAAAUUAUCUAGUGGAGGUGUGACGGAGAAGAUAGUGUCUGCAUUUAAUCUGGUUCGUACAGAGAACUUAAACGAAGAGACAGAGACAAACAAAUGCAAGUCUACAGUUAAACGUAUCAGAACGAUGCAGAAAGAUGUUGAGGACGCCUGCUCCACUGCAAAAGACCCAAGGAGAAAAACACUGGCAAAAGAACUGGAAGAAGAAGAAAUCACUCUGAGACAAUCUGUUGAGAAACUUAGAUCUAUUGAAGAAAAUAGAACAUCCCUAGUAAAACAUCUUAAGGAAGCCCUACGCGAACAGGAAUCUGAACUGGAGAAUCUUCAAUCUCAGAUACAGGUAGCACAAGUGCAAACAGAAGAAGCCCAAAACAUGCAGAAACGGCUCAAUAAUGAAAUACCGGUUAACAGUAACAACGGAACAUCUGGCCAAUCAGCAAAAGUUACUCCUGCCUCAAUAGCUGCAAUGGCAGAAAUGCUAACUUCGUCAUCAAAUUCAUCAAUGAUUAUGCAUUCUGUUCUGUCUUCCUUUGCUGCUGAAGCUACGCAGACCUCUGGUUUAACCAAAUCGAAUAGUGCAGACACAAAUGCAUUUGCUCCUCCAAAUCCUCCUCCAAACCCCCAGUAUCACAUGAUCCCAAAUCCAGCUGCAUCGCAGCAGUUUAUACCAUAUGGAUUUGGUAACAUUCCGCUAAUGCCGCCUGGUCAAUUGCCGCCACCCCCUGGAUCAAUGCCGCCUCAUAUGAUGAAUAAUCAACCAAACACAGCUCAGCAACAAUCGCAACAAGGUCCGAGUUUUCAGCCCCCGAGUAUGAUGUAUUUUGGACCUCCACACCAUUCAUAAGAAAGUAGAAACUCAGAUCUUUUGUCUUGCAAAUCUUUGUACCUUAAGCUGUUUAGGCAAGUUUACUUAUUUGUAACAUAAUUAGACUUCUGUUGUGUAUGCAGUAGUUUCAAAUGGGUUCACAAUC